UGUUAGUGUACAUACGCCAUGCAAGAGUUCUUUUUCAAACUAAGUUAGCUGGUAGAUGUAAUAUUUUAGUUUGAGUAAACGUAGUUGUUUGUGUUAUUGUGCGUAUUAAAUAAAAUAUCGUCGUUGAGAAAUAAAGUUUGUUUAUUCUCUGGAAUAUCUACUCGUCGAUUAAGUUUCCGUUGCAACUGUUGCUGACAUGGUCGGACGAUAUCGAGAGAAAGACUAUCAGCGAGCAGCGCAGAGACACAACGAAGAGUUCCUCAAGUACGAUUAUUAUCAGCAGAUCGCGACGUACUUCGAGCGGGAAUGUCGAAUCGCCAAACACUACGAUUCAUGGAAUUAUAGAAAUCUCGAUCCGAAGGGCGAACUCGCGAAGGCUAAGAAAGCGGAGAAACUUCAAAUUAGAAGAAGCAAAUUGCGAAAACUAUUAAAAGAAGAGGAUGAAACUUAUAGAAGGGAGUUAGAGGAACGCAAGAAAGUGAAAAUCCGUCCGGAGGAGUCGUCGUUGGAGCUGCUGAAGCAAAGAUUAAGAGAAAAACGCGCGGAGCAGAGUCUCUAUCUGCCCAGGACUUGUCGGAGAUAUCAAUCUUAUUUCGUCUGUCCCAAAGAACCGAAUAACCCGUGUUGGAAUACUACCAGAGACACCGACCCUCAACUUUCCCGCGUCUGCAGAGAUUCGACGAAUUUCAUUCAUCGAAACGGCUUAAAUUCUUAUCGUAGAAGUUCCACAAUGAGCGAGACCACGAACAAGAGUUUCCGCGAACAGGAAAAAACAGACUCGUCUCAAGACGUUUCAUCCCCGAAUUCUAGCGAAGGUGUGAGGCCGAAUUCGAGGUAUUCAACUCGUUAUGCUCAUAAGAGUUUGGAGAACACCAACGUAAGAGGCGACGAUCCCAGUGAUCAUCCACCAAACGAAGCCUCGAGCAGAUCUAGUCUCGGUUUACCCAGUGAUAAAAGCUUAACGAACGGAGAUGUCCGUAGCGAUGAUAAAGAAAACAGAACGGAAGAUGCAGUGACCCCCGGUUCGGAUCAAACAGAUUCGAAGAAGUCGUCGGCGGAACGUUCGAUCGAAAGCGAGACCUCGCGAAAAUCUGAGGCCAUCAAGAGAAAGGACACCCGACAGUUCGAAGUCGAGAAAAGUUUGCCCUGGCUGCGAAUGGACCCUGGGGAUAAGAAUCUCUCGAAGCAGAUGUUUUUGUACUUGACUCACAAGGAAUUGAAGUGCAAGAUCGAGGACCUCGCGAAGAGAGAAACGCACGCGUGCAAUAAGCAGUGUUGGGACGAGGCCUUGCGGCUCAGGGACAUGAGGAAUAAAUUGGAACUGAAUCGUGAGAAGAAAUUGUACAGCAUGGACACUCUGGACAUUGACGAGGAAUCCAGGGAGUUGGUACUAGUCAACAUUGGUAAGAGAGAAGCGGAGCUUAACGAGCGGGAGAAAGUCUGUAUGGAUUCGACGAUGUACAGUGAGGAUGCAAAGGCUCUGUGGAAGAAGUGGUUGCUCGAGGAUGAGAGGUCGGUGAUCAAGGACGCGCGGCAGCAGAGGGAAAAGUUGAUGAACAGCUUGGAGAAGGAAUGGCAGAAUCUCGCGAUUCGUGAAAAAGAAAGAAUUUCACGUUCCUAUCAGAGUGUGAUGAACGACUCGGCGCUGCAAGAAGAGCACAAAUUAUCCGCCGCGAUUAACGCGUCCAGGAUGAAGUCCGUCUCAAGUUCCUUGAAAUAUUAGACUUGGCCCCCACCAAGUCUAACAUUCGUUUGCAUUUCAAUAUUUCUAUUAGAGACAUUAUCCGAUAGCACGUGCUAUUGAAUGUCAUAUAAAUUCGCGGUGCUUUUUAAUCUUAACAAAGUAUAACAAAGAAGAUUUAUAAUCUAAAUCAAAGACAAGAUAGUCUGUUAAAUAAUAUAUUAAAGACUGAUAUCGUAUUUGAUAAUGAUAUAAAAAAAAGCGAUUAUACGAGAUCCGUUCUAUUUAUAUAAAAUUUGAUUAUUGAUUUGUAUAACUGAACGUUUUACAAGCAUUUACGCUUGUAUUUGUGGCAAUUAUAUAAGUAUUUAAAAACAA